UCACAACGUAAACAAAAUAAUUACAAUCAUCCGACAUUAAAGAUAAAUAAACGAGUUCUUCUAUGAUUUCUGUAAAAAAGAAAACUAACAGUUUCAUUCAAUGGUGUAUUUAAUUACGUUUACUAUUACAAAUUGGAGAUAUUAAUCGCAUGAGUAUGUAUUUAACGAAAUGUAUGGCAAAAUGGAUUAGGGCGUUUACACACGAUGUCAUAUAACAUAUAUGAAACUCAUUCGUUUUCUUUAACCGCUGAUUAUCGUCAUCGUUGAAAACACGAUUUUGUAAGUUUAACGAUCGUUCGUACAGUCUUUAAAAAAAAAAAAAGAAAUAAAAAAAAACAUAAAAAGAUAAGAAAAGUAUAAGAAAAAGAACGAUAAGGAAAAAAACGUUGAAGAGACGGCGGAAAGGGGAAAGAGAGAGAGAGAGAAAGAGAUAAAAAAAAAUAGAAAGAAAGAGAGAGUAAAAAAGAAAAACAGGAACGUAAAAGAAAAUAUGGAACACUGUUGAGAGGCACGGCGCCUCACGUCAAUAUAUUGUUUUGUUGUGAUACACGAUACACGAUUGAAUAAAUGAAACGGGGCAAUAUAUCGAGAAAUAUUACGUUUCCUGCGUGAAAAUGUCAACGGAAACGUCGUUGGGCGACGUGUCUAAUGUCGUCUCGAGGAUACACAAUUUACGGUUAGGUAACGAAGACGGCGGUGAGGAAGUUCAUAAUGGAAAUAAUGCGGUGGCAGAUGAGUCCGCAAAUUCGGCACAAAAUGCACAAUCAAUUGGUACUUUAUCUCGUGCUCGGCGUGCACUCAACUUUGUCUGGGACGAAGAACAGCCUACCACUUCUUCUACCUCGCGAGGCCUUGACGUUUCAUCGUCGAACGGUGAUAACAGGCCUCCAACUAAUGCAGCUAAUACAAUUCACAUCGAUGGUCAUCCUCAGAAUAAUGUAGCACUUGAAAAUAGUCAUGGAUCAGCUGUAACUACGUACAAUUGGCAAGGUACAAAAGCUACUAUGCGAGAAAGGAUAGUUUUCCUUUUUAACAAUGAGAUAUUAUCAGAUGUGAGCUUCUUGGUAGGACGGGGAGCUCAACAACAACGUAUACCAGCUCACAAACUAGUCCUGUCUUCUGGAAGUGCCGUAUUUUAUGCAAUGUUUAAUGGAACGCUUGCUACAGCUUCUUCGGAAAUAGAAGUACCUGAUGUAGAACCAGCUGCUUUUUUGGCAGUUCUUCUUUUUUUAUAUACAGAUGAGAUACAAAUAGAUCCUGAAACUGUGAUGACAACGUUGUAUACUGCUAAGAAGUAUGCCGUUUCUGCUUUAGAAAAGCACUGUGUCGAUUUUUUGAAGAAUAAUUUAACCAGCGACAAUGCUUUUUUACUUUUAACGCAAGCUCGUUUGUUCGAUGAGCCUCAAUUAGCAGCAGUCUGUUUGGAUACUAUCGAUAGAUUUACCACAGAGGCCCUAAAUGCCGAUGGAUUUGUGGAUAUUGACAUCGAUACGUUGAUGGUUGUUUUGGAAAGAGAUACGCUUCGAGUCAGGGAAUCUAAAAUAUUUCAGGCUGUGUUAAGAUGGUCAGAGGCGGAAUGUAUAAGGCAGCAAUUGCCAGUUAUUCCAAAGAAUCAACGUUUGGUUUUAGGCAAUGCUCUUUCUCUAGUUCGUUUUCCUCUUAUGUCCAAAGAGGAAUUUACUGCUGGUCCUGCACAAUCUGGAUUAUUAAAUCAUUCUGAGGUUUUAUCUUUGUUUUGCUAUUUCAUACUGAACCCAAAACCAACAGUAAGUUUUCAAACUAUGCCACGUUGUUGUAUGACUGGAAAAGAACAAACUGUGUGUAGAUUUCAGCAUACCAAAAGUAAAUGGGGUUACAAUGGAACGAGUGAUCGUAUUCGAUUUAGUGUGGAUAGACGAAUAUUCCUUAUUGGUUAUGGAGUUUAUGGUAGUAUGCAUGGAUCUGCGAUAUACGAAGUAUUAGUUGAGCUAAUACAUACAGCAUCUGGAAAAGUAAUAGCAUCGAAUUCAACGACAUUCAGUUGUGAUGGUUCAAAGUAUACUUAUCGUUUAAUGUUUAAAGAUUUAGCUGAAAUUUUACCAAACACUAUUUAUACAGCAUCUGCAACAUUUAAGGGUCCCUAUUCUCAUUAUGGAACGAAAGGUGUAAAAACGGUAUUGGUUGAUUGCGAUUCUGGAAAUGGUAGAGUCAAAUUUGAUUUUAAUAUCGAAGCUGGUGAUAAUAAUGGAACAUCCGUCGAAGAAGGACAAAUUCCUGAGCUUAUCUUUUACACUUAAGAAAAUACAGUGGACACAAAUAUAACAUUCCUCCCGUUACCUUAUUCAUCGCUCUUUAAUCGAUAAAUUAUUUAUAAAUUAAAUUGUAUAAAGAUAGAUUAUUAUAUUUUGUUUGGAUUCUGUUCAUAUUUUAAGGAUGUCAAAUAGAGUGAUGUAGUCAGCAUGAAUAGUCCACGAGCAUGCCAAAGGAUUAAGCAAUUUUCAAUUUUGUUAUAAACCGUGUCUUCGAUUUAUAUUAAGGGAUGAUGCAGCUUUUGCUUAAGCUUUAUUAUGUUUGUCAAAUGGUGCUUAGAUCCUUCUGUAUCGUACUGAGCACUGGGAAUGGAAAAUUGUGAAUCUUAAGAGGGCCUUAUUACAAAAAGAGACUGAUCUGUGCCACUGAUACACAUUCAAAUGUGAAGUAAAUAUUUUAUCUUUUCAUUAUCAAAAUUCAUUCUGCAAUCGAUAUCAAUUCUUACAACUGAAGACAAUCUGUCUAUUUUUCUAUCCCUUUGAUUAGUGUAUACUUGAAACAAGAAGAUAAUUAAAUAUUUGAAAAGAAAAAGAGAGAGAGAAAAAGAAAAAGAGAGAGAGAAAAAGAAA